CAGUCAAAUUACCAAACACGAAUAUAAUUUUACUUGUUUUUCAGUUACUAUGAUGAUAGUAUUGUUUUAAGUGUACAUAUAGAAACCUCACUUCGUAUUCGAAAAACGAUCUUAACUAAAGAUUAUAUUGUGUAUUUAUUUAGAAACCUAUAGAAAAACAUCAAAAUGGUGGUAGUCGGCGGAGGUUAUGGACAGAGACAAAAUAUAUCGUGUUUCGACAAGAUAUCAAAUGCAUUCAUGAUGGGAGCAACCAUCGGAAUCACUAUGGGCAUAGUGUUUGGUGGUGUUAGCGGCUUAAGGUAUGGACUUAGAGGAAGAGAAUUAAUUGGAAAAACGGCUAUAACCAUGUUGCAAAGUGGUGGAACAUUUGGCACUUUUAUGAGUGUUGGAGCCGCACUUAGAUGCUAAUCAAAGUUAAAUAUGACUGAAGAAUUAAAAAUUCUCCCCGAAAUACUUCAAGAAUGUAAAAUAUUAUUUAGUCUUAAAUAAUUAUAAUAAAAUAAAUACUUCUUAAAUCUUUUUAUA